UUGAAUUAUGGCGUGAGUCGCUCGCACUGCGUGAUGGGAAUUGUAGUUCCCGGUUGAAUCAAGUGAGGAGUGUGCCCCUAAUUGAGUGUGAGAAUAUGUUAAAUAAAACAUACUAAUGUCGGCUAAAGUAGAGAACCAAAAGGACUGGUAUAGUAUUUUGGGUGCGAAACCAACUGACAGCCAGACAGAACUUAAACAGAAAUAUCAGAAGCUUGCGUUAUUAUACCACCCAGAUAAACAGAAGAGAGAUCUGCCAGAGGUUCAAUUUGAGGGGAGCCAACAGAGGUUUAUUGAAAUCAGUCAGGCAUGGAAAAUUCUAGGGAAUGAAGAUGCAAAGAGAGAAUAUGACCUGCAGCUGCGUGAAUCUGAAAUGACAAAAAUGUGGCCUGUAGACAAUCAAAUUCAGCUGCAAGAUAUGUCCUGGAUCAGAGAUGAAGAAAGUUAUUCCUUUCCGUGCCGAUGUGGAGGAAGAUAUAUAAUUGCUGAAAAUGAAGCGGUACAGGAUACCUUAGUAUACUGUGAUUCAUGUUCAUUAAUUAUAGAAAUUAUACAAUGAAAUAGUUUAUAAAGUUUUCUACUUUUAAAAUAGGGCAACAAAUAAAAUAUAAUUUAUUCA